UUGCGACUUUCACAAGCUAGGGGCGUGUGAUACCUCUUCGUGCUUUGUAAAUGGUUAACUAGCAUAUGGACAACAUAUCAUAAAACACGGCUUCAGAGACUAAAGUGAAGGUGUGAGAUUGAGAUGGAUUCUGGUACCGACCCCUCCGGACCCAUAGUGUCCAAAGGUUCUGUCAGAUCGCCACAGCCGACAGACAUCACAACCAAAAGGGCAAGCAAUAAGGGUAAAGGCAAAAGGUCCACCCUUCAGGAAGCAAGAAGAAAAGGAAGAAUGGACAGAAGCAAAGGAGAAGAAGAGCUAAGCAAUCAGCUGAAAAACAUGGAUUUGCACAGCCAGACUAAAGCUGCUGGAACAGGUCUCAUCUCCUCAGACAUUUUCACCCAGUACCACUGCCUUUGGGAUACAAGCCAUCCAGAAUGCCCGGAGAGAGUCACUACUGUGAUGGACAUGGCUGAAAAGCAGGGCCUGCUUGCCCGCUGUGUGCGGGUUGAUCCAAGAGUUGCCACUGAGGAGGAGCUGUUGCUUGUUCACACGAAAGAAUAUAUUGAGCUCAUGACGCGGACAGAGAAGAUGACGGAAGAGGAGCUGAAGUCUCUCGCUGACACCUACGACUCCAUCUACAUCCAUCCAAAUUCUUUGCAAUGUGCUACCUUAGCAGUGGGCGCUGUCCUGCAGCUCGUAGAUAAGGUGCUGACAUCAGAGCUCCAAAAUGGCUUCUCUAUUGCCAGGCCACCUGGUCAUCAUGCACAGGCUGGCCAAAUGAACGGCUACUGCAUGUUUAAUAACCUGGCAAUAGCAGCACGCUAUGCUCAGAAGCAUCAUGGGGUGAAAAGAGUCUUAAUUGUGGACUGGGAUGUGCAUCAUGGGCAAGGAAUCCAAUACAUUUUUCAAGAGGAUCCAAGUGUGCUGUACUUCUCCGUGCACCGGUAUGAGCAGGGAGCGUUCUGGCCUCACCUUAAGGACUCGGACAGCAGUGCGAUCGGCAGCGGUCCAGGAGAGGGCUACAACAUCAACCUGCCCUGGAAUCAGACGGGAAUGAAAGAUGGAGACUACCUGACGGCGUUCCACCAGCUUCUCCUUCCUGUGGCCUAUGAGUUCCAGCCAGAGUUGGUGUUGGUGGCAGCAGGUUUUGAUUCUGUGGUCGGUGACCCCAAGGGAGAGAUGUCCGCCAGUCCUCAGUGUUUUGCUGUUCUUACUCACUUGCUAAAAGGUUUAGCUCAGGGUAGACUGGUGCUUGCCCUUGAGGGAGGAUAUAAUUUGCAGUCGACAGCAAAGGGUGCCUGUGCCUGCUUGAAGUCGUUACUGGGGGAUUCCUGUCCCCACCUCAGUACGCCUGUGGCUCCGUGUAAAAGUGCCCUGAAGUCCAUCUCCGAGACCAUCACUGCCCUUUAUCCAUACUGGACCUGCCUUCAGACAUUUGAGGGAGGCCCCCUACCACAGCAGGAUGAAUCAGACGAGGACCAGCCAGAAAGCCAGCUCACUGGUCUGGUGUAUGACCAGAGGAUGAUGGAGCACCACAACAUGUGGGAUGGUCAUCACCCAGAACAGCCAAUGAGGAUCGCUCGCAUUUUCUCACGCCAUGAGAACCUGGGACUGGUUAACCGAUGCUACAGCAUACCUGCUCGCCUGGCCACAGAAAAAGAGCUGGCCCUGUGUCACAGUGAUGAGCACAUCCAGAAAAUCAAGGGCACAGAGGGCAUGAAGCCCCGAGACCUGCACCGUCUGGGAGGAGAGUACAACUCCAUCUACAUCAACAAUGAAAGCUACAAGUGUGCCCGACUGGCCGCAGGGGCCUGCUUCAACGCAGCACAGGCUGUUCUCACUGGACAGGUGAGAAACGCUGCGGCCAUUGUUCGGCCUCCUGGUCACCACGCCGAGGCGGACAAAGCGUGCGGCUUCUGCUUCUUCAACACGGCAGCACUUACCGCCCGCUACGCCCAGAGCCUCUCGCCCAGCCACAAGCCGCUGCGUGUGCUCAUCCUGGACUGGGACGUUCAUCACGGCAAUGGCACCCAGCAUAUCUUCGAGAAGGAUGACAGUGUGCUGUACAUCUCGCUACAUCGAUAUGAGGAUGGCACGUUCUUCCCUAACUCUGAGGAUGCCGACUAUGACAAAGUCGGGGAAGGCAAAGGUCGUGGCUUCAACGUCAACAUUCCCUGGAGUGGGGGGAAGAUGGGAGACUCCGAGUACCUGGCAGCCUUCCACCACAUUGUCAUGCCCAUCGCCAGAGAGUUUAGCCCAGACCUGGUGCUGGUGUCCGCAGGCUUCGAUGCUGCCCGGGGAGACCCUCUGGGAGGCUACCAGGUGACCCCGGAGGGCUACGCCCACUUCACCCAUCAGCUCAUGACCUUAGCAGCCGGAAGAGUGAUCAUCAUCCUAGAGGGUGGCUAUAAUCUGACCUCCAUCUCUGAGUCCAUGGCUAUGUGCACUAGCAUGCUACUGGGAGACCCUUCGCCACGGCUGCCGUCCCUGCCCCCUCCACAUCCCAACGCAGCCAUCAGCAUCAACAACGUCCUGCGUGCUCACGCCCCCUACUGGAGCUCUUUGAGAAUGCAAAUUCCCCAGUCCCUCCGGCUGGCUUUACCUUCUCCCAAAACCAGAGGGAAGCGGACGCCUGUCGGAAAAGACAAAAAGACCUCAAGGCAGUCGACUCCCGCCAAAAGCCCGGGUCAGGGGUUUUCACCAGAAGCAGCCUCCCCUGUGGCCUCUUCACAGGGCACUGGCCAUGAGGAGUCAGGCCUGGAGGACCUCACCAAGGGCCUGCUCUCCCUAGACCUGAACACAACUACCUCAGCCAAUAGCAGCCCGUCAUCUGUUCCUGUGGGAGGAGCUAGACGGAAGGUCAAGCCAAGUCCUCAAAAAGCAUCAGAAAUGAAGAAGGGUGCAUCACCCCACAACGUGACCUCAGACAACAUGCAGGAAGAGGAAGAGGAAAGCAAAGACAACCCACAGGGGGAUGCACAAAGCACAAAUGAGAUGCAGCCAGCUGCUGAAACUGGUACAGCGGCCACAGCAACAAGUGACCAAGACAGUGUGGAACUGGAGGGAGCUUGCGGCACAUCUAAUAAUAUUUUUAUCAUCUGUGGAGGCGAAGACAUGGAUUCAGGUGCAGUGCAGCCUCUGGCUUGGUGCCCCCAUUUGGAGGCUCUGAAGCCGGUCCCCACCACAGGCAUCAACAUCCAGCAGCCAUGCGACGAGUGUGGCUCAGAGGAAGAGAACUGGCUCUGUCUCCUCUGUUACAAGGUACUCUGUGGUCGCUUCGUUAAUGAACACAUGGUGAUGCAUGGCGCGGUCUCUGGCCAUCCCCUGGUGCUGAGUUUCUCUGAUCUCUCUGUGUGGUGCUACCCAUGCGAGGCCUACAUCGACAAUAAGGCCCUGUAUGAAGCCAAGAACACAGUGCAUGUGGCCAAGUUUGGCCAGGACAUGCCCGUCCCUGCUGCCGAGAAGAUGGGAGACGGAGCCGGGCCGUGAGAAUGUGAGUGUGUGUGUGUGUGUGUGUGUGUGUGUGUGUGUGUGUGUGUGUGUGGAACACGCCCUCUGGUGGCCAGGAGAAGUACUGUUGUCCUGAAGCAAUAUCAGCUGUCACCAGACAGGCUGCGUCUAAAAAUGUGCAGCUUCUUAACGAGACUCAGAAGUGCCUCCAUCAUCUUCUGUCUUCUCCUUGAACCUCUCUGGUGCUCCUCACGUCAGUGUGUUGUCCAGGAAAGUAAAAUAAGCUGACCAUAGCUGUUUAUUUGAAUACAAUUUUUUUUUAAUACCGUUUUGAAUGAUAUCUUAUAACACAGGGUUAUUCUGUCCUUCCAUCUUUUAUUUCUUUCUCCUUUUUUGCUCAGUGCCAAAUUGACAAAUACUCCACUUGAGUGAUGCAAACUUACCAAAAGGACUUAGUGGGAGGUCUUUGUGUUCCUCAGACUACUUCUGCACUCCUCUGCUUGAUGUUUUCUAACUGUAUGCUUACUUUGCGUUCCGUUAGGAAUAGUGUGGGAGUGCAAAAUUAUUUUAGGACUGAACAAAUCCCACCCUGGCCUUUUCAUCAGCUUUGUGCUAAAACAUUGUGUGCUGCUUUAGCUUUUCGUUGGAUUCUACUUCAUAUAUUACUAAAGUAUAUCGUUGAUUUCUGCAGCAGAAUCAUGUGUAAUAUAUUUAGCAAUAUUUUGUCAUCUUCCCCACUCCUCCCCCAUUUUUAUCCUUAUUUAAACAUUGCUUCUCAAUCCAACAGAAAUCAAAUAGAGAUUUUGCUAUCGGUUUUGAGACACAACAGAGCAAGUAAAGAUAUCAGUGUUGUAUUCAAGCAGCUGAUGUACCAUGACGUCAAGCCAAGGCACAUAAACUUACUGUAAUAUUACUGUAUGCCCGGAGACACACUCAUCUUCUAUAGGGAUGGGUGCUGCAGUUAGAUAGCACUUCAUGUGCAGAAUGAUGGUGUUUUUUAAUCUUGGCUAAUCACACACUGCAGUCAAAGAGUUUUUAGAUUUGUUUGUCUGGUUAUCAGCUCAGCUGCAACUUUUUUUUUUCUGAAGUGAGAAUAUCAUAUCGCAAAACAUGUUUCUCUUUGUGAUAAUCACUUUUGUGUCAUAGCCAACUGAACACACAAUGAAAUACGCAUGGUGCCAUAAGGGGGUAGUUCACAUCACCAGCGGUGCACAAGUCACUUUUGGAUAGUGAUUUCCCAGCAAGUUGCAUGCUCUGUAGAAAGCACACGGAACAGUUGGACAAAAUGAAGGAAUUCCCACAUUACUGCAGUUGAUCUCUCCAUGCUCUCGAAUGUUAAACUGCUGCAACUACCUCGCAAAUGCUUCGCAAAAUAUUGAUAUUGUCCUUAUGUGACACAAACACAUACUGUACAUGCCACAUAUGAUAGUGACAGAUGAAGAGAGACAUUAAAAUGGAGGGUAUACCAUUUUUUAACCAAACUGUUUUGGCCAGGACCACUGUGAAAUAUUUCAGGCUUAAUAAAUUGAAUGAGUGAAAGUCAGAACUAGAAAGGAAGGUUUAAUAUAGAACUAGGAGCAAAGCUUUAGGAACAAUACCGACUCAAAUAUUCUUACACUGACUGUAACAUUAAUUAGACAAGGUAGGUCACAUUAAGUGUAUUGGGAGUGCCUGUGCUCAUACUAUUGUGAUGAUCCUUUCACAAAGCUGCAUAAUACAGCAUAAUUUCCUGAAUAAUGAUGGGAAAAUCACAGGUGUAUUUGGAUAAUUAGAUUUCAUGUUCAGGGCUGGGAGGCAUGAAGCGUUCUGGGUACAACAUCAUAAUAACUAUAACAGUUUAUAUAAGUUGAGACACAACCAACAGGGUUACUCUCCCUACAGUUCAGGUUUUGAAAACUCCUUUGACCUCUCAACAGGACUGAAGUCAUGGAAACAGAAUCUGUUUUGCCUCCGCUAAUGAUGUGGAGAUCAGUAAAUGCAACCACUUAGUGUUCAUCAUUAUGGCGUUGAUAAUGCCACUUCAGUUGGAUUUGGUUAGCAUCUAGGAGCCCGACGCGAUCAACUAUUCAACUUACUUGGGUUUACAAGUAAUACAGAAAAUGUAUUCUACAUUAAAGACACACCAAGCCUUUUCAGUAUAAUUAAUAUAAUUUUUUUAUAUAACUUAAUAUUUUUUUUUUCCAUGAAGCAUGUCAAGGUUAGCAGCAAUAGUAAGAAUGUCUAUGCAGAGCAUGGAAAUAUCAAUAUUUAAGAAUGUGGAUCAGAUUUAUCAUGAUAUGAGGGUGUUAUGGAAGUUCAAAUCCUCUUUAACAACACAGUGCAAUACUAUUAUAUAUUUUUGACAUUGGUACCUAAAGACAGUUUGAAGUUGAAUUGUUGAUUUUGUAUUUAUCUUUUAUCAUCUCUCUGCACCUGACGCACAUGUUCAAUGCCAAUGUAUCUCUUCUCAUCUGUAGCAAGUAAUUCCUGUAACUUAUUGUUUAUUCUCUGUAAACAUUCUCAUUAAAUACAUCAAUUGUUGUGA